CUCUUAUUUGCAAAGGAGGUUUUCUUGUGUUCUGAUUUCUUGUACCGUUAACAACAUUUAGAAACACGCCGAGAACACUUACAUAAGAUCCUUACCUCUGAAGGAUGAGAUUGCUGAUUAUCAUAUGUGUAAACCUGUUCUGCCUCUGCUAUGAGGCAGAGGGAGAGAUCUUCACCUCCAUUGGUCAAAUGACAGAUUUGAUCUACACAGAAAAAGAGCUAGUUCAGUCCCUGAAGGAGUAUAUCAAAGCAGAGGAGUCCAAACUUGCUGCAGUGAAAAGCUGGGCUAACAAACUGGAUGUGUUGACGCGCGCCUCCACGUCAGAUCCCGAAGGAUUCCUGGCUCACCCAGUGAACGCCUACAAACUGAUGAAAAGGCUGAACACGGAGUGGUCAGAGCUGGAGAGCCUGGUUCUGCAGGACCCGUCAGACGGUUUCAUUGCCAACAUGUCAGUGCACAGACAGUUCUUUCCCGGGGAGGAGGACGAGAAAGGAGCAGCUAAAGCGCUGAUGCGACUGCAGGACACGUACAAGCUGGACUCCGAAAGCUUCUCCAAAGGCAAACUACCAGGUGUGCGGUAUAACGCUCUCCUGACAGUGGACGACUGCUAUGACAUGGGGAAAACUGCGUACGGUGAAAAUGAUUAUUACCAUGCAGUGCUGUGGAUGCAGCAGGCCCUGCGGCAGAUGGACGCUGGGGAAGAGGCUAAAACCCCCAAAGCCGACAUCCUGGACUACCUCAGUUACUCCGUCUAUCAGAUGGGUGACCUGCCACGUGCUAUUGAGUUAACCAGACGUCUGGUUGCCAUUGAUCCCACCCACGAAAGGGCAGGAAGUAACCUGCGGUACUUUGAGCGCCUGCUGUCCAAGGAACUGAGGGAGAAUAAUGGGAAUGAGGUGGAGAAGGCCAGUGAGAGGCCCAUUCAGCUGGGGACCUACGAGCGGCCGCGUGACUACCUCCCCGAGAGGGAGAUAUACGAGGCGCUGUGCAGGGGAGAGGGCAUACAGAUGACGCCACAGAGGCAGAGCAGGCUUUUCUGUCGCUACCACGACGGGAACAGGAAUCCUCGCCUGCUGCUGAAGCCCAUGAAAGAGGAGGACGAGUGGGACAGUCCCCACAUCGUCCGUUAUCUGGAAGCUCUCUCUGAUGAAGAGAUCGAGAAGAUCAAGGAGCUGGCCAAGCCAAAGCUUGCGAGAGCCACAGUGCGUGACCCAAAGACGGGAAUUCUCACAGUGGCCCAUUACAGAGUGUCCAAAAGUGCUUGGCUGGAAGGUGAAGACGAUCCAGUCAUUGAGCGUGUCAAUCAGAGGAUAGAGGACGUUACUGGUCUGACAGUGGAAACAGCCGAGCUGCUUCAGGUGGCUAACUAUGGGGUUGGGGGCCAGUACGAACCACACUAUGAUUUCUCCAGGAAAGAUGAACCCGAUGCUUUCAAAAGGUUAGGCACAGGAAAUCGUGUGGCUACUUAUUUAAAUUAUAUGAGUGAUGUUGAAGCGGGCGGGGCUACCGUGUUUCCAGACUUUGGAGCUGCUAUCUGGCCCAGAAAGGGAACUGCAGUUUUUUGGUAUAACCUCUUCAGAAGUGGAGAAGGGGACUACAGAACCAGACAUGCAGCCUGUCCAGUUUUAGUAGGAAGCAAAUGGGUCUCAAACAAAUGGAUUCACGAGAGAGGUCAGGAGUUCAGACGACCAUGUGGGCUCACAGAAGUGGACUGAGCACCCGUCAGUCUCACGCGCACACACACACACACACACACACACAAACUUUACCUACCCGCAGUGCCUGAACUAUGACUCCAUAAACACAGACACAUACACACUCCCAGCCCUGGCCUCAGAUUAUGCUGCUCUGCAGAUGGAGCUGAACAGAACAGUAUGUGGAAGCCUGACGGAGCCAUCUGAUAGAUCUGUGAAAUACGCAGCUCCACCCACACACCCAACACACUCAAGUCACAUGGAGUUAAUGCCUCAGCGCAGGUGCCUGAAAUGAAAGCAAUUUAUUCGAGACUUCUUUGUUAUUGUUUUUACUUCUUGUUUUGGGUCUCUAAUUUGUCUUCAUAACCACAUAUCGAGAGUUUAGCCAGGUGUUCAGGUGUGACUGUUCAGGACCAGACUGGGU